AUGAGCGAGCAAUUGUACGACAACAUUCUUGCAACAUUUCACCUGACUGGUGACACCCAGAUGUGCCAAGUACGUAGGAGUAUAUCCAAAUUGAUGUUCCUUCACAUUGCUACCAUCGUAACCACCAGGGCCAACGAAUAUGCAAGCAAAGCGGAAAAAUAUAUAAGGAAACAUUGCCAUAGAAAACCACCUUGGGCAAAUGAAUCCUGUGCAACCCGUCCUUCGAUAUGGACCAUUUGGUACGAAGGUGGAAUGUUCGAAGUGAAUGAUCUGCGAUCAAAAUGCUCUGUGGGUUGUGUUGUGAAUACUCGAUAUAUCACCAUGUCAGUCCGAGGUUUGGAUACAUACAUGAGUGCAGGUUUCCGCUCACGCAUUCUUCCCCAUCUUUCUUCAGCAGUGAUUAAGGCCUUGGUCAUCACAUUGAGCCCUAGAAGGCCUGAAGGCGGUUUGGAGCUUCGAUUCCUUCGUUGGAUCGAUAUCUUUUGUUCUGAUUUAAGGAGAAAGUUGAUUCUUGUUUUCAACAUCCUGGAGACAACUGGCGAGGGAAAUCCGUGGGAGGUAUUGUUACCUUGUAACCUCCGUCAGGACGCAUUUUCUGCAUCUUACGUGGUUCGCUGA